AUGCUUACUAUGACUAUUAUAGUACAACUACUCUCACUAACAAGCCAAGCACGACUCACAACACAGCAAGUAUAUAUAGUACGAGAUCCGACGGAACUGACAUACGCAACGCAAAAAGACGAAAGUUUAGUACCAUCCGGCAUCCGUAAAGUUAACGGAUUAAGUACGCAUGUUGCUUUUGACAAUUUCGAUCGUUUUGUCGACACUGCUACUGGUAAAGACACUUUACAUGAUACCGUUGGUAUUAUUAGACCACAAGCCCAUGAACAAAAAAUACCUGUGAAAUGA